AAGUAAGCGAAGAAGACGUCGGGAGAGAUGGAGAUGGAAUUUCUAGAGGCUUUACAAUCAUUUUACUUUGUUUCGAAACCAAUUAUGCCAAAUGAGGAGUUCGACAACCUGAAAGAGGAGCUGACGUGGGAGAGGAGCAGCAUUGUGAUUAACUCGGACGAGCAAAAGUUUUUGGAAGUGUCGCUGUCUUACGCUGCUGGAAAGCCCAUCCUGAGCGAUCAAGAAUUUGACGAACUCAAGCUCAAGCUCAAGCAAAAGGGUAGCAAGGUGGCCAUUGUAGGCUCUCGCUGUAGCCUCAGGAAUAAGGAGUUGAGCGAUACCACAGUGGAUUAUCUCAAGAACAUCGUGGAUUUCUUGGCUGCUCUUAUAGCCCUAGGUUUUGUCUUCUUUCUGGAUGAUAUCACAGGGAUUGAGAUUACAUAUUUGCUUGAAUUGCCCGAGCCCUACAGUUUCUUCUUUAUCGUGUUGCCGACCACAUUCUUGGUGGCACAGCCUCUUACGAAUUUGGUCUUGAAGGAUGCUCUCAUCUUGAAUGGUCCAUGCCCGAAUUGUGGAGCUGGAUUAAACAGCUACUUCGGUAGCAUACAGAGCAUACCCAAUGAAGGAUCAACUAACAGUGUCAAAUGCGAAGCCUGUGGCUCCAACAUGAUUUUUGAUAAAGGAACACGCCUUCAUCACUCUCGUGGACAGUAAGACUCCAGAACCGAAGAAAUCUACCAGGCCAAAAAGGCCUACAUCGGAGAAAGUCUCUUCCUCAACUUGAGGAAAACGCUAGUCUCACGAACGAAAGAAUCCUGCGUACCCAGAUAAUUGGGCCCAAUUUCAGAAGUUCCAGUCCAAAAAUACCUGGUAUUCAUCUUCAAACUAACAGAUAGAUAUUCGGCAGAGCAAUGUAGGUCGUGGCUCUAUUUAUAAUCAUGAUUGUGAACGCAUUAUCACCCAUUGCAGAUCCAUAUGCCAAGACUGUCCACCGCGCAGUGAAAUUUGUUGCCUAAUUUCAUACUGAUUAGUCGAUACAGUUGAUAACACGGAAGUUGCCAUGAUUUUAGGACCUCCAUUGCCACCAAGAAAUGGAAAGAGGCAUACUUUAUAUACUGAAUGUUUUUUUCAA